AUGAGGGGAGAAAAGGCUAUCAAGGCUUCAAGAAAGUUUAUUUCAUCAUAUAAUCUGCUCAUGAGAUUGUUUCUACUUAUAGAAAUACGUGGGAUAAGUCCUUUAGCUUCGAGCUUCAGUUUACUAAAUUUCUUCCUUUCAUGUUUUGGUGAAGGUAAAGCGACUGAUCUCAAAUCGUCAGCAGAUGGUUUUAAGCUCGAUACAGAAAUGGGUUGGGAAUUUCUAGACGUGAAUUAA